AUGCCGUUGCAGCUCAUUUUGUUGGUUCCCAUUGUUGGUAUACUCGCAUGUACAUUCAUCUGGUAUACAGCAAAGCCGAAGCCAAUACCAGGAAUUCCCUACAAUCCAGCUUCUGCGGACCGCCUCCUGGGAGACAUCCCCGACUCGCUCGCGCAUCUUGCAGAAACAUCCGAGCUAUGGUCCUUUUUCGAGCAGAGAUGUCGGGAGCUGGGCUCGCCCAUUAUCCAAGUCUUCAUGCGACCAUUCUCCAAGCCAUGGGUGAUUCUGGUCGACUGCCGCGAAUCCCACGAUAUUAUGACCCAGAGAGGCCGAGAGUUUGAUCGAUCCGGGUUCAUGAAGAAAAUGUUCGCUCCGAUUUUUCCCAAGAAUCAGAUCUGUAUGCCCACACAUGAUCAAUGGCGCUACAAUCGACUCCUGAUGAGGGAGCUCAUGUCUCCUCCUUUUCUGGACGGGGUGGCCGCGCCGCUGAUUCAUAGUACCACCCUUGAUCUCAUAAGCGUAUGGCGUCACAAGGCAAGACUAGCCCGAGGACAUGCCUUUGAAGCCAGCAGAGACGUCCAAUUCGCCACUCUAGAUACCAUUUGCAGUGUAGCAUUUGGUGCACGAGUGGGCAUCACUACUUCCCAGGAAGACAAUCUUAACAAACUCACUCAACUCGACCUUCCAGAUUCUCUUGACCAUGUUGCUUCAAUUCCCGAGACAACGCUUCCGGAGGCUUGGGGUGCUUUACUAGCCACCGUAACCAGUGGCGAGAUUGCGAUGAAUUCUCCACUGGGGAGUUGGCAUCUUGCGUUCGCCAUCAAAUUCUACCCUCGUCUACGUCGUGCCUUUGCCUUUCGCAACAAACUAAUCAACGAUGGACUCCACCAUGCUCGACAACGUGUUUCCCACACCAACCCGCAAGACGAAGAAGUCCCCGAAGUCAAAUGUGCCGCCGAAUGGGUCGUCGAGCGAGCCAGCAAGCUCGCCGAAAAAGACGGAGAAGGAAAAAAAAACCUUCCCGACCAUCAAGUCCUCUUCGACGAACUCGCCGGAUUCCUCCAAGCAGGUUUCGAUACGACCUCAUCGACAAUUCACUGGGGAUUGAAAUACUUAACUGGCUACCAAAAUGUGCAACAGAAACUUCGGACAAGUCUCUUGGAUGCUUUUUGCGAGGCUCGCCAGGCCGGAAGACAACCCACUGCGAAGGAAAUUUGUAAAACGAGUAUUCCAUACUUGGAUGCUUUUAUUGAGGAAUCUCUGCGCCAUUCUUGCGUGAUUUCUGUUAAUAUGCGCGUGGCAAUUCGGGAUGCUGAUGUUCUUGGAUAUGUCGUUCCCAGGGGGACUGACGUUUAUAUGCUGACCAACGGACCAAGUAUCCUACGUCCCGCCAUGCCAAUCGACGAAAAUAAACGUAGCCAUUCAAGUCGAGAAUACAAAUCUUCUGCGGAUAGUUGGAAUUCGGAAAAUCUGGAUCAGUACAACCCCGAUCGAUGGUUAAUCGAAGAGGAAGAGGGAGAAAAUGGCGGUAAAGUUGUCAAAUUCAAUUCCCGAGCUGCUCCCAUGCAGAAUUUCGGUAGUGGUGUGCGGGCUUGUUAUGGCAAAAAAUUGGCGUAUCAAAAUUUACGCAUCAUUUACGUGUUGAUUGUGUGGAAUUUUAUUUUGGAUCCUCUUCCUGAGGCACUUGAGGAGUGGAAGGCGACGGAUGGGAUGACACAUCUUCCUCAGCAUGUGAGAUUGAUUCUUCGUGAGGUUUAG